GAGAGAGAUCAUUGCGGGUUCGGGCAUCGCAGAUCUGACAAUGCGUGGACUGCUCGGGACAUAGCUCUGUACAGCAAACUAUAGGCUACUGCUGUUGUCGAUGUCAGUGACGCAGUUAUUAGACGGGGAUCUAGGCCUGAGCAGCCCGGGACAAUCCCUCAGAUUAUCGCUUGACCCGCAGGAUUUGUUGAAGAGGCACCUGAUUCACCGGGAGCGAUACGCCAAGUGAGAGCAGACAGAAUAAUCUAGAUUUAUAUUUAUGUUCCAUUGGCGCAUUUUCCACUAGCUUCUCCAUCUCUUAUGUAGAUAAGGAUCGGAUGCAUUUUACGCAUGCAUAACUCCAGAACGAGAUCCUUCAGAGGAGCCCUCUCCAAGUGACCAAAGUGGACCAUAGCAGCUUUUACGCAGGAGCCGAUAGGAUCGUUUGAGAAACUUUUGUGGGGGGGGAGAGUCUGCAUUUCUCAUUAGUCAUCUGAGAUCCGAUGUGUGGUAUUCCUGCUGUGGAAACGUAUAAUCCCUCCCUGAUUACCGCGCUCAGAUGGAUUUCGUCGUGCCUGCCAGCCGGCUGACAUCCGGGCCUAGACAGGUUAUUUUAACCGCUAUCAUUGCGUCUUGAUUGCUAAAUUGAAGCCACAGGACAGUCCAGCAUCACUUUGGGCCCCCAGCUUUGCCCACCGGUGCCAAAAUGAGGAGAGUUGUACUGAAAGAAGCCGCCAAACGAUUCCCCUGGAUGGCCAAUGUCACUUUGUACGGGUGCUUAUUCGCCGGCGGUGACCUGGUCCAUCAGCUCAUAGCUCAGAAGGAGCGCAUGGACUGGAAACACACUCGCGACGUGGCCAUUGUGGCAAUCAGUUUCCAUGGAAACUUCAAUUACUUCUGGCUGCGAGCCCUGGAGAGGCGUUUCCCUGGAAAGUCCGCCGGGAUGGUUUUCCGCAAACUCCUGCUGGACCAAAGCUUCGCGUCGCCUUUGGCCACCAGUGUCUUCUAUACAGGGGUGAGCUUCUUGGAGGGUAAGGAGGACAUCUUUGAAGACUGGAGAGAGAAGUUCUUUAACACCUGGAAGACUGGACUCAUGUACUGGCCAUUCAUGCAGUUUCUGAACUUCAUCCUGAUGCCGCUGCACAUGCGAACGGCCUUCAUGGGCUGCUGCGCCUUCCUCUGGGCCACCUUCCUGUGCUUCUCCCGGCAGAGCGGUGAUGGCACUGCCGGCGUGGCUCUGGCCUUUGUCAUGGACCCCCGUAAGACCCUGGAGGAGAUACGCGAGGCCCGGCUGACCCGAAAAAAGGAAAAGACCCAGAGGGAAAACUAAAGGGAGGAAGAGAAGGAGGAGGAGGAGGAGGAGGAGGAGGAGGCUUCUGUCUUUCAGGCCGUUGAGCUUUGGUUGCAGGACAGAUCGGUGUCCACUUUUGCUUAGCUGAGGAGCUGAGGAGCAGGAUAAUGGUUAGAAAAAGAAAACCAUGUAUCUGUCACAUAUACGCACACAACAGUUGACUGAUAUGGACUUUGAAGGCUGACGGAAUAUUACCAACAGGGUUUCCCUUCCAUUAUAAGGCUUAGGUGCAGCACCAAGCCGAAGAAAUGCCUAAUCAAUGUGAGCAUAAAAACUAACGAAAUGACCUUUCUCAGAUCUAAUGAUUGUAGUUGGUGCCCCAAUUUUGUUAUUUAUUUAUUUAUUUAUUAUCUGCUAUAUCUUUUCCAAUGUUUUAGACACAGAUAGGUAAUAAUAAUGCUCUAAAUGAUGUGAAAUUGCAUGAUGAACUGGAGGUAAAAGGGUUGGAGGAGGGUGGUGACAUUAUAUGCACUGAAUGACAGUCGAUCGCAACAGAGAGAUAUAAGCAUGUUUAAAAAUUGACAGCAUAAAUACAAUUGGCUGAAAGAGAUAGUGGCUGAAUCUGAUUGGUUUACCUAAACGUGUAAACGCACCUAAUUAGAUCACAGGGACAUUACAUCAAAUUGGUUCAGGAAGGUAUCAAUGCAAUUUUAUAGCGACAUAGAUUUGCAUAUUUAUCAUAAAGGGCAGGGUGUCAUUAAAAUGAUUAAGAUUCCUUCCCAAGGGGGUCAUGAAUUUUCACAGCAAGUUUGGAGACAUUUAGCUGCAGACCAAAGUACCAGAUGGAAUGAUCACAGGAUGUAAGGUCCGAAAGCCUGGCACAUAUUGUUUACAGUUGCAGUGAUGAUGCAAAUGAUCUUGCCUCCAAAACACAAAGGUUUCAGUUGAAAUGAGAUUGGACCCAUGGACUUCUUGUUGGUUCGAUGCGAGCCCACAGAGCAGUAAAGCUCCUGAGAUCACAUUUAAUAAAGGCCCGAUAUGUCUGCUUCACAAUAGUUGUGCCUUCUCACUCGGUGAUAUGCUUGCAGUGUUUGGCUGACUGGUGGUAGUCAUUACUAAUACUCAAUACAAUGCAAUAUGUAUAUACUGUAUAUUUCUGUGUGUGUGUGUGUGUACAAUUUUAAAUGGAGUUUCAGCAUUUAUUCUGGGAUGCACUGAUGCAUAGGGCAGAUCCAGGGCAACAGUGUGGCUCGUUGAUGUGUUUUUAACAGUGGAGCUCUAUGGCACAGAGGAAGAAGAUAUAUUAGGCUCUGACACACUGAUAAAACAUGUUAAUGGGUCUCUUCGUGGGAUUUGUCGACAUCACUUACGGUCAAAAUGGCUCAUUAUGUGUUCUUUUUUAAAAGACAUGUAUCAGUGCAUCCCACUAGUGUUGUGUUGCCUCCUAGUUUGACCUGUGAAGCCAAUCCUGUCCUCUUACUUGAAACACCACAUAGGUUGCCAUCAGCCCAGAUACCUUAUCAUGUAACACGUCACUUACCCAACCCAGACACUAACUCACUUUCGUUUUUGAUCUUUUAGCAAAGCGGAAAUAUGUGUAACUUUUAUCAUUAUUUAUCCAAACGACAGUAAAGAGAAUUGAAGAUUUCACUGCUGAAUAAAUAGUACAUUCAUUAUUAUACUAGAAGUGAAAAACCGUGUAAUAUUAUACAGAGUUGGAUAAAAUUGACAUGUCAAGUUUAAAGGUUUGGACACAGCAGUUCUGUAAAUGAGCUUUAAGUGAAAAACGACAUAGACGCUCUGUACCAAACAAAAAUAAAACCUCGAAGAAUGUUCAAUAUUGUUCCGAACUUUGUGUAGAAUGACUGGUUUAGAGCAAACUGUGAGAACCUCAACUAUUUAUUUGCAAUACUAAUUGAUUUUAUUUUUAGAAAUAGGACACUUCCUUUAUGUCAAUUUGACAUGGAAUAUGAAUAAAGAAGUCAUAAAGAGUCAAA